AUGGAGGUAGAACAAGACCAUGCUGAAUCGAUAGUCGAGAAGACGGACACAAAACUGCCGUUCUCGAUUGACAGUUUGCUGGCUGAUAAAUUCGAAAGUGAUAAAGAGAAAGAAGAAUAUCCUUCGACGAGUGCUUUGAGUAGUUUUUCGAGUAGUACUAGGGAUAGUGAGGUGCAUUGUGAUUCUGACGAUGAAAGCAACCAGAGUUCUGAGAACGUUGAUGUGGACGGAUCGGGCAGUGCUGAAGGACGCGACUAUAUGGAAGAAAAGAGGGCUGAUUACCAACAAUCAGGAUCAAGCAUAUCCAGAGGAAAGCGCGCAAGAACAGCAUUCAGUGCUCAACAGAUAAAGAGCUUGGAGGCAGAGUUCGAGAAGAACCGAACAAAAUGGAAACGAAAGUACACGAACGACGUUGAACUAUUAGCACAACAAUAUUACAGCAGUCUGGGCAUAGUCGCCCCCCGACCUAUGUUUGUUGGGGACCGCCUAUGGAUAUUCAACUACCCCAACAGACUGCCGCCAACGCAACAGCAACAGUGGAUGAAAACUAUAAGCAACAUCCCGAACACGGUUCCGCACAAUCAAAUCGUCGACCGAAAUAUAUUUAGAGCAUUACCGAAACCAGAUGCACCGCCGUUCCUAAUUCCACCACCUUCGUACUCCAAUGAAAGAGUAUUCAACUUGGAACGCAGCCUUAGUAUGCCCGGAAGUGUCAAAAUUCCCGCGCAAAAUCGAAUGGUGCCGCGGGAAGUUUACACCAACAUGGCGACGACUGUGCAGAGGAAUUUGGACAUGUAUAAAAACAAUAUUUUAAGUCACAAUAGCCCACCGCUAGAGUCAAGCCGACGUGAACCGGUUGCCGAGCGCGAGGGCGGCGCGCGGCGGCACGGGCGCGGGCGCUCCGCCCCCCGCGGUGGACCAGCCCCCGCGCAUAUGUAUAUUAUACGCACCUGGCUAGCUGUCGUCCUGCAGCGACGUGAACCGGUUGCCGAGCGCGAGGGCGGCGCGCGGCGGCACGGGCGCGGGCGCUCCGCCCCCCGCGGUGGACCAGCCCCCGCGCAUAUGUAUAUUAUACGCACCUGGCUAGCUGUCGUCCUGCAGCGACGUGAACCGGUUGCCGAGCGCGAGGGCGGCGCGCGGCGGCACGGGCGCGGGCGCUCCGCCCCCCGCGGUGGACCAGCCCCCGCGCAUAUGUAUAUUAUACGCACCUGGCUAGCUGUCGUCCUGCAGCGACGUGAACCGGUUGCCGAGCGCGAGGGCGGCGCGCGGCGGCACGGGCGCGGGCGCUCCGCCCCCCGCGGUGGACCAGCCCCCGCGCAUAUGUAUAUUAUACGCACCUGGCUAGCUGUCGUCCUGCAGCGACGUGAACCGGUUGCCGAGCGCGAGGGCGGCGCGCGGCGGCACGGGCGCGGGCGCUCCGCCCCCCGCGGUGGACCAGCCCCCGCGCAUAUGUAUAUUAUACGCACCUGGCUAGCUGUCGUCCUGCAGCGACGUGAACCGGUUGCCGAGCGCGAGGGCGGCGCGCGGCGGCACGGGCGCGGGCGCUCCGCCCCCCGCGGUGGACCAGCCCCCGCGCAUAUGUAUAUUAUACGCACCUGGCUAGCUGUCGUCCUGCAGCGACGUGAACCGGUUGCCGAGCGCGAGGGCGGCGCGCGGCGGCACGGGCGCGGGCGCUCCGCCCCCCGCGGUGGACCAGCCCCCGCGCAUAUGUAUAUUAUACGCACCUGGCUAGCUGUCGUCCUGCAGCGACGUGAACCGGUUGCCGAGCGCGAGGGCGGCGCGCGGCGGCACGGGCGCGGGCGCUCCGCCCCCCGCGGUGGACCAGCCCCCGCGCAUAUGUAUAUUAUACGCACCUGGCUAGCUGUCGUCCUGCAGCGACGUGAACCGGUUGCCGAGCGCGAGGGCGGCGCGCGGCGGCACGGGCGCGGGCGCUCCGCCCCCCGCGGUGGACCAGCCCCCGCGCAUAUGUAUAUUAUACGCACCUGGCUAGCUGUCGUCCUGCAGCGACGUGAACCGGUUGCCGAGCGCGAGGGCGGCGCGCGGCGGCACGGGCGCGGGCGCUCCGCCCCCCGCGGUGGACCAGCCCCCGCGCAUAUGUAUAUUAUACGCACCUGGCUAGCUGUCGUCCUGCAGCGACGUGAACCGGUUGCCGAGCGCGAGGGCGGCGCGCGGCGGCACGGGCGCGGGCGCUCCGCCCCCCGCGGUGGACCAGCCCCCGCGCUUCGCUCCAGCCCCGAGCACAGGGAACUUUUCUUCCAAGGACCUCUAGGCUUCCCGCUACCAUCAGGUGCAGAGUCCUCAGAGGCAGGAUCACGACCAGACUCCGGUGCACCGUUGCCGCCUUGA